AUGGCUGUCUCUGUCUUCUUCGCCGGCGCUACCGGUCUCAUGGGUGCUUCGGUUCUCCAACUCAUCUCUAAGAACCCCAAAUACGACAUCACCGCACUUGUCCGCUCCGAGGAGAAGGGGAAGAAGGUCCGCGAGCUCGCUGGUGUCAAGACCCUCGUCGGCUCUCUUGAGGACGCCGAGUUGAUGACCACGACGGCUUCCAAGUUCGAUGUCAUCAUUCAGAUGGCCGACAUCUUCAACCUUCCCGGUACCCAGGCGCUUCUCGCUGGUGCGAAGAAGCGCUACGAGGUGACUGGCAAGCCAUCUGUCUACAUUCACACUUCCGGCACUGGUAUCUGGGCCGACCUCGGCUCGAACGGCGGCGCUCCCUCUGGAAAAGUCACCAAGGACAACGACCACGACCUCGUAUCACACUACAACGCACUUCCUCACACUGCGCCGGCUACCGCUGUCUAUGAGGCUGGCAAGGCCGGUUACGUCAAGACCUACACCGUCUACCCGCCCACGAUCUGGGGUGCCCCGUCCGGCCCCUUCUUCGACGCUGGUCUGGCACACGUCGGUUCGAUCCAGCUGCCGCUCUCCAUCAAGACCUCCAUUGCUCGCGGACAGGGAGGUAUUGUCGGUGACGGUCUUAACAUCUGGAACCAUGGACACAUCGCCGACGUUGCCUCAUUCUUCGACCUCCUCCUGUCCAAGGCUGUCGACGGUUUCGCGCCAUCCGGCCCCUUCGAUGGUCACUACAUCGUCGAGAAUGGCGAGUACCAGUACAAGAAGCUCGCACAGAUCUACACCAAGGCUCUCCACGCCAGGGGCAAGUCUGCUUCGCCUGAGCCGACGAAGUUCGAGGACAAGGAGUUCCAGGCCAUCGGCUUCCUCUUCAUCCUCGGUACGAAUGCCAUUGCAGAAGGUCCCCGCACGCGCUCGCUCGGCUGGAAGCCCAAGUACACCACCGACGACUUCUAUGCAUGGAUCCCGCAUGAGGUUGACGCUGCCAUCGCUGGCAAGCUCUCUGGUGGCGCAUACUAG